AUGAUGAAUGCAAGCGCACGACCAGAAUACCUGAUCCUCGAGCCUGGCCCAAGGAAACACACCAAAGUGGUGCGUUCGGUAUCCAAGAACGACGACAUCAUCCCCAGGUUUGCAUUUCAACAUGUCUUUUGCGAGGAUCGGACCGAUUUAUUCAUUAGAGAAGGAAUCUCAACCAUUGAGAAGGGUGCCUUCUCCAAGGGAAGGUCUCUUGGUAACGUGCAUUGCCCCAAUUCAUUACAAGUAAUACAAAAGGACAGCUUUGCGGGCUGCAUGCUGCAUAUGCAAAGCAUCGAGCUUCCGCCACAUCCCAUCUCAUUUGGCAAUACAGUAUUCUCAGGAUGCAUCAAGCUGCGGAAUGUGGCCAUUCAUAAAGGCAGUCGACUGGGUCGGGGGGUAUUCAAAGGUUGCCACAAUCUGGAAAAGAUCUUUUCCUCUUCCGAAGAAAUGGUCUCGGCGCUGACAGACCGUUUUGAGAAGUUGCCACUCCACCAAUUAUGCUACUCCCACUCGUUCUCCUCCUUGAAAGAGACAAUUCAACAAAUGGAACAAGCCAUGAUAUCGUGUACUGAGGUUGCCACUAGUCAGCAAGAUUGCUUAGGAAUGACGCCUCUCCACAUCUUGUCCCACUCCACUGUUCAACACAUUUCACUUUACGAACUACUACUACAACGAGAUCCAUCAGGUCUUGUGGUGCCGGACAAAUGGGGCAGCUUGCCGAUUCACUACGCCCUUGAAAACCGGGCACCUCCCGAGAUCAUUCGGUACCUCCUGCGAGUACAUCGCCGUCUCAACCAACCAGUGGACUAUCGAUACUUUUUGCUGGUGCACGGGGCUGACUUUUUUGAGACUACCACAAUGGAAACCGUCCAAAUCAUUUUGGAAUCAGAGACAAUCGAAGAAAUCGACUGGUCACUCUGGAUUCACAGUUCCAAUUGCUCGGCAUCGAUUGGCAUCUUUCGAGAUGUCGUCAUGAGGAGCCUUCAGACAAGACUGGAUAAUCUGGAAUCCAACCAGUGGAAAGAAGAGAUUGUCGAAAAGAUCAAGAACAUUCCAAAAGACUGUUUGCAAAUGGCACCUUGGUCUUCUACACCAUACUCCCAGUAUCAACCCCUAUCGACUACUAUUUUGUCUUCUGGAAUUGAGCCAGUCGACCAAAUCGUAUCCAAACUUUCUUUGUAUGAAAAAAAGACAGUGUCGCACUUGCUGGAGUUGGCGGCUUGGAAGCUCAAGGUUGACACUGAAACGACUUCAGGCAACAUGCCAGCAGAAGAAGAAUCCCUUCGACAGAAUUGCCUGGUCCAUUGUGGAUCAGACUGUAUCAUUUCAAAUGUUUUGGCAUCAUCAUUUUAA